CGAAGAUGUGGACAUCAGCAACGCGCCCUCCUUACGGUGGCACCUGCGCUGUUCAACCCACAUCGGGUGUGGCUCUGAGCACUGCGUUCCAGUUCUUGUGCCAGGGCUGGCUCAGCGGUGAUGCGGCCGCGCCCUCCGACCUGCUCUAUCGCGUGGUGGCGCACAGCGGCGAGCGGCACCUCGUCGUUUCUCGCAGCGGCGCCAGGGAGAGCGCGGCGCUGCUGCUGCCGGCGGGAGAAGCGACGGGCGGUGGUGGUGGCGCCGGCGAUAUCCUCCAAGUCUCCGUUUUCGUGUGCAGGCCCGAUCGGCAGCUGCACUGAAUUCCCCAUGGCAAUCGAGGUGUCCGCGCUGCCGCCAGAUCAGCUGGAGGUCACUCUGAAUGAGCUGGUGUCUCCGGGCGGGACUCUAGACACACUCGUGGCCGACCAGGACUACCAGAGGACCCUGCAGCUGGUGCGCGUGGCAGGCGUCUCAUUGAGUCAGAACGUCUCAUCCGGAUACAAGCAACAAGUGACAUACGCCUUGCUGCAAGUGAUCUACAACGCCUCCUCCCAGAUCCACACGGCGAACGACGCCGCUGAGGUUAUAAAUUCGGUGCACGACUUGACGUCUGACCAGCAGCACCUUGACCUGAACUCACAGGUUGUGGCAGCGAAAAUCGUUGAAGGGGUCAUGAAUUAUCUGAAAAAUAGUUCGAGCACUUCAAGAGAAGACCUGUUGAAGAUUUCUCCUGCCCUGGUCGGCGUCGUCGGGGGCCUCACGGGGACGUCGAGCGACCGCGUCUCCGCGGCCGCCGUCGCCGCCCUCGACGCCGACUACUCCCCCGACAGCCUCGACAUGAACCCGCAGGAGGCCGAUAGGUUCCGGCUCCAGCAGAGCGAAGCGUACCGCGAGCGGCUCGCCCAACAAACCCCGCAGACGAUGCAGGUGGUUGACAGUUGCACGCAGGCAAUCGAUGACUUCACCGGCAUGAUGCUGGACGCCAUGGUGUUUGGGGAAGAGCCGAUCGUGGUCACGGCAAACAACCUCAGCGUCACAAUCGGCCUGAACACCCUCGGCAGCGUGCAGGACAAACAGUGGGACAAUGGCCUUACCAAUCUGAACGCGUCCUUCACGAACGUUUCAGAUGAGCUCCUACUUCAGACGGCCAACAUACAGGUUCUUUCGUUUGACAAAAACCCAUACGUGUGGGACGCAAGUUCCAGAAUCAACUCUCCCGUGGUGCAGCUGGGCGUGAGCGCGGAGCAUAAUGGCUCGGGCGCGAGCGUUGUGGUGAGCCUACGAAACCGGGACUCCGUGCAGCCCCUCGCGAUGGCCGUGCCCAACUGCACCGUCGCCACCGACUGCCUCGCCAUCAGCAAGUUCCACAUCGAGACGACCGCCUCGGCGAUCUUCAUGAAGUUCACGCCGCCGCCAGCGACGACAACGACGACGGGCGAGCUCGAAUUGGAGGUCUUCCUCAAGUUCAACGGCACGCCGUCCGCGCGGCCUCCUGACUACGACUUCCGAUUCUCCCUCCCCCAAGACGGGCAGUACUCCGUCUUCGUGCCGAGCGGCAGCGUCAAGGUCGGCGUUUACUUCCUGGGCCUCAGGGAAACCGGUAACUCGACCGAUGCAAGCAAUCGGAGAGCAAAGAGGGCGCUCGACAACAACGUCACGGCGUCCAUGGCAAUGUCGCUCCACAGGCUGACCUGCAAGAUGUGGGACCCCGAACGUAACGUCUGGGUGACCGGUGUGGCUCAGGUGCACCCAGAUUCGUCGGCGGAGGAGACCAUCUGCGUGGCCACGUUGACCUUGGGGGCCCUCGCCAAGGCCACCUUCGCCGCUGAGUUCUUCGUGCCUCCGAACACCAUCGACUUCGCCACGGUGUUCGCCAAGUUCGACCUGAGGAGCAACGCGGCCGUCUUCUCCACGGUCAUCGCCAUCCUGCUGCUCUACCUCCUGCUGCUGCUCUACGCCCGCAGGGCCGACCGCCGCGACAAAGACAAUUGGACGAUCAGGCCCCUGGUGGACAACGACGACUCGCACGCCUAUGUGUACCUGCUGAGCAUCGUCACGGGCAUGCGGGCAGGAGCCGGCACCCAGUCCAGGGUCUACUUCUCCGUGCACUUCAGCCUGGGCGACACGGGGACCCGCAUCCUGCACAAUGGACACCUCAAGGGCUUCAGCCGCGGCAGCACGGUCACGUUCGAGAUGACCGUGCCCUGCUACUGGGGCGAGCCCAGGAACAUCACGAUCUGGCAUGACAACAGCGGACCCGGAGGGCAGGGCUCCUGGUUCCUACGGCACAUCCUCCUGCACGACAUCCACGCCAAACAAACGUUCGCAUUCCCGUGCGACCGCUGGUUGGCGGCGGAGUUUGAGGACGGACAGCUGUGCAGGGAGCUGCCGGUGGCCGGCUUCCAGUUCAUUCCCAGCACGGGGAUGGUGUUCUCGUCGACGGUGCAGAGCAAGAUCACCGACGACCACAUGUGGGUCUCCGUCUUUAUGCGCCCCACACGCAGCGCGUUCUCCCGCGUGCAGCGCAUCUCCUGCUGCGUGUCGCUGCUCUUCCUCACCAUGAUCACCAACGCCAUGUGGUUCGAGACGGGCCCCAGCACCGGCUCCGGCAACGUCCAGAUUGGGCCCUUCACCCUCAGCCUCUCGGAGAUGCUCAUCGGCCUCAUGAGCAACCUCAUCGUUUUCCCCGUCAGCUUCAUCAUCGUCGCCGUCUUCCGACGGCAGACCUACAGCCCGGCCACACUCCGCUUCUUCGAGACCCACGGCAAGGGGGAGGGUGACCCCGGGCCGCGGAGAAAGCCGCCGCCGUGCCGCCGCAUCACGGCGACCGCGUUCUACAAGUUCGUGGCCUGGUCCCUGGUCUUCCUCUCCGUGGUGGCCUCCGGCUUCUUCACCAUCCUCUACAGCAUGGAGUGGGGUCCAGACAAAGCCAACUUGUGGCUGCGCGUAUUCAUCAUGUCGUUCUUUCAGUCCAUCAUCAUCGUCCAACCCGUCAAGGUUGUAUGCAUUGCAUUUUUUGUGUCACUGCUGAUGAAGAAAAAGAGAAAGCCGCUGCACAUCGACGACACGUUGGAGUUGUUUAAAGACAAAGCGGACACGUUCGAGUGGCCCAAAGCAGACGACCACCGCAAAGCUCCGACGCAAGCGGCGGAGCUGCCGAGCGCCGACUACCUCCCCGGGCCCCCGCAGGGCGCCGCUUUGCUGGCGAUGCGCCGGGCACGUGAGCGAGAGCGCGCGGCGUGGGUGCGGGCGAGGCAGCUCGUCCUCUUCCUGCUGCACGCGGCGCUGCUCGCGUUCAUCGCGUACCGCGGCAGGGACCCCGACGCCUUUCUGGUCCAGAAUUCUGUCCGCAACGCGUUCGUCCUCGACGGCUUCGACCGCGUGGCGGACGUCGGCUCGUUUUGGGAUUGGAUGCAGAACGGCUUCCUCCCGAACUUCUACCCCAGGGCGUGGUACAACGGGGAGAGGAUGAGCUGGAGAGAACGCUACUACCUCGGCGACUUCAGCACGAUCCGUGUGGGACCUGGCAGGCUGCGCCAGAUCAGAUCCGUGCCGCAGAGCUUCAACGAUGUAAUGGGCUUACAGCACAAAGUGUCCGGCGGCGGAGAUGAAGAAAUGACCGGCAGCUUUCUGGAAGGGUGGCAGAGUGCGAAUUCCACGAACACAUCGGGCCAGCGGAAUUGUUGGUCAUACAGCACCGCCCAGGCUUUACAAGGGCUCACGACAGUCGGAGACCUCGCGCUCUAUCCGGGAGGAGGGUUCGUCGCCGAACUGGGGUUGAACCUCGCGGAUGGCACGGAGAUCGUGGCCAACCUGAGCUCAGCUUCCUGGCUGGACCACAGCACGAGGGCCGUGCUGACCGAGUUCACCGGCUACAACAUGAACACGGACCUCUUCUGCUCCGUCACCCUCCUCCUGGAGUUCUCGCAAGGAGGUGGUGCGUAUGGGCACGCAUACAUCCACGUGUUUAGGAUAGAGAGCUUCGUGGGCAAAUUGGAAACCCUGACUGGCGUAAUUUACAUCGUCUUUACCGUCGUGCUGGUGAUCAUUGCCGCCACGGAGGCCCUGCGCUUGUCCGAACUUGGCGUGGCGUACUUCAAAAGCUUCUGGAACAUCGUGGAGCUGCUGAGCAUCACGCUCGGUGCAGGCUCCGUGGUCACUUACUUCAUCAAGAUGAGCGUGGCCACGCGCACGCUUGAGAAGUUUAGAACGGAUCCGCACAGGUUUGUCAACUUUCAGGAGCUGGUCACGUGGGACCGGCAGCUCUCUGAACUGCUGGCGACCCUCGUGUUUGUCAGCACCGUCAAGGUGCUGGGCCACAUGAAGUCCCUCAGGCAAUUCGAGGUGCUCGUCGGCGCCUUCUCGGAGGCGCGGGACCACAUCCAGGGCUUCGCAGUCAUCGUGCUCGUCGUUUUCUGCAGCUUCGGCCAGCUCACCAGCCUGCUGUUCGCUGGCUCGCUGCGGAACUACCGCACGUUCACCACGUGCCUGGAGCAGCUGUUCUCCCUGCUCCUGGGUCAGCCGGGCUAUGGCGAGCUGUACGCAGCCAACCGCGUCCUCGGGCCUCUGAUUUACUUCGCCUUCACGUCUGUGAACACCUUCGUGAUCGUCAACUUUUCGCUGGGCAUACUCUCCGCGGGGUUCGUCAGCUUCCGAAGGGGCCUGCGGGAGCAACCGCACAGCCUGGGGUUGCACGAAGCGCUGUUGAGCAAGAUCAGGGCAGCGCUUGCCGCUGUCCCCGCCUGGAAAGGAUUUUUUAGGCCAAAUAAAUAAUUAAUGUCUGCCACAGACGAAUUACAUAUGUAUGCAUGUUGAACUUCUUUCGCGCCAUAUGUAGCCAACCGUGUUAAUUGAAGGUGCGGGGAAAGGACAAUAAACUAAACACAAAAAAGCAGUUCUAAAGAAUUACCUUAAAAUGCAUAUAUAAGAUAUUAAAUAUGUGACAAUUAUAAUAACAUAUCUCCUUAUAUUAUCACUAUAUCUCAUUGCUUUAUCUGUCAUCGCUUUAUCUCUCAUCGUGUUUUCUCUCAUCGCUUGCUCUCUCAACACUUGCACUCUCGUAACUUUGUCAUCGCAUUCUCUCUCUCGAUCCCAUCGUGUAGAGUUCCAGAUGCGAUUUGCGGAUAGCCAAAAUCGGAGAUAACAAGUUCGUGAAUAACGAGGGAAUACUCUCUAUACAUAUCAGGAUAUACCUUCGUUAUGCCAAACUUAUUGUGUCCCAAACUUGAUUUGGAGCUUUCGUGACUGCAGGAAUUACUCUUUGGUUCUUUCGGUAAAGUCACGUAGAAAGAAAAUAAAUUAAAUAAUAGCAUACGACGUUUCGAUUGCAACACAAUCAUCAUCAGGUACAAAUGAAAGAGAAAACAAACCUAGUAAACUUAGAAAUAUAAUGCAAUACAACACAGAGAGUCAGGCACAAAUAUAACGCUACUGCCACCUUUAGCCACGGACCGUUCAUCCAGUUGCCGUAUCCAAGUCUGUACCCAGACCCAGGUCACAAGCACAGCGGUGACACCUGUACCUGUCCAUGGGAGCUCGCCCUCGUCUACCCACACUGACCAGUGCGGGGAAGUAUGGUCAUAAAACUCCAUGACUGACACGGUGUGGGGGGGAGGCCUUACUCCAGCGGUGGAUUGACAAUGUUUAUUAAUUAAUAUUAUCGUUCUAUAUAUAUUAUCUGAAUGUCACUUUUGGAAAAAGAAUCGUUCCACGUGUGAAUUUGUAUCUGCGCGCUGUCGAAGUAAUACAGUCCCACACGCCUGUUACCCAAAUUAUUUAGUUUAUCAUGAAAUAACCUUAUUACAUUUUCAUAUUAUAUCUCAAAACAACUGCAGAAGAUACACCAGUUUAUUCUAGAUGUUUGACAAUAUCAUUUGAUGUGGAAAUAAGUCUGAAAAGGACCUUGGCAAACUUGUGUUUGCACCCUUCUUCAGUGUCGCUUCUUUGUUGCGUUGGCUUAAGGUUGAUAAGCGGUA